CUCCCACACCAGUCUGUCGCGCGCCACCGCCGGGCCCGCCUGUGUCGCUUCGGUACAUGUGCAUUACAAAAACUUGCCUCAUCGCAAGUUUAAACAUAUUAGUGCAUAACGCCGACUUAUAUCUCAUGUAUUUUCGGAUAGUGCAUACAACCGCCGUGUAACGGAACGAUUGCGGGCUGUUCAACCACGCAAAUGCGGGUUUUGUACAUUUGUGGGUGGAAAAAUAAACAUAGCACUCCGGGGCAGCGCUCAGGGUCCCAGCUCCACACGCGUGCAGAUGACACAAUAACUUGUGAUGCUGGCACGAACAGGAUUCUAUAGGAAACUGCGUCCUAGAGGACGGCGACGAAGAUUAUAAACUAACUUAAAACUAGUUCUAAUAAAAAUGCAAGUGCCUAAAUUUGUAAUAAUGUUGGGUAAUCGCCGUAAUUUAAUAUUUAGAGUGAGCAUCGUGUUCAACAUCGCCGUAUUCCUAUACGCGGCGAUGCAUUACUCUGGAAACGGCGCCUCGGGGGUCGAGUGGGUGCCGAUCACAUCCGAAGGCGCGGAGAGAACCGCUGAAGCCAGAUACCUAAAAGAAGAAUUCCGAAAUGAAUCGGAAAUAAGGCUAGCAGAGUCCAGUGUGAGGAACUUGGAGGAAUCGACUUCCCAGAAGUCGAUACCUUCGACGGUGCCCUCAGUGAACAAGACCGCGUCUAGUACCGUGUCAGAUAUUGAUAAAAAAGUGAGUGCUGUGCCAUCGGAACCUAAUCUUAUUAACGAAACACUCGAUAUCGUGGACGAGAACGCGUUAUCCGAAGCUACUCUGGCGCGUCUUCGGUCAUUGCUCGCUUGCAAUGAAAGAGACUUUUUACCUAAGACAACGCAGCGCGGCGAGUUCUGGGUGCUGCAGAACUAUGUCCGCGCGGAGCACGGCUCGGUGCUGUGCCACGAGACCAUCACGUACACCACGCACUCCGGCUUCGAGUACUUCGACAACGUGCUUCCUCUAGUUGAACGAUGGAUGGCGCCAGUGAGCCUGGCGGUGCACGCGCCGGGUGAGGACCUGCAGUCGACGGUGAACAGCAUCAGAUACCUGAGGGACUGCGUCGGCAACGACCUCGUGAGGCAAUACGUCACCUUCCACGUAUUUUUCUCCUACAAGACUAUGCCAGCUAAAAUUCCUAAGUCGGAAGAUUUUCUGCAGACACCGUAUAACUGCUCGAACAAACCGCCUUACGUCAAUGUUACUCAAUCGUACAAGAAGCAGAAGAAUCUGCUUUACCCAGUGAAUGUAGCUAGAAACAUAGCCAGAGAUGCUGCUCUAACACAUUUCAUUCUGGUAUCAGAUAUAGAACUCUACCCUAGUCCAGACUUGGUACCAAAGUUCCUGAACAUGAUAGCAAGAAACUCGAAACCACUAAACACUUCCACUAAACCUAGAGUCUUCCCAAUAAGCAUAUUUGAAGUGGACGCUAAAGUACUUGCGCCAUGGACUAAAACAGAACUUCAAAGGAUGUUAGCCAACAAGACUGCUAUACCCUUCCACAAAUACGUAUGCCCGAAUUGUCACAACAUACCGCAAGGCAACCAGUGGAUGACUACAUUAGAAACCAACCAAAUGGAUGUGUUCCACGUGGGCAAGCGACAAGGCAAGUACUUGCAUUGGGAGCCAAUUUUCAUCGGUACUCAUCAAGACCCACAUUAUGAUGAGCGAUUAAGUUGGGAAGGAAAGAAAGACAAAAUGACACAGGCCUUCGUGCUCUGCGUCCAAGACUAUGACUUCAUGAUCUUGAAUAACGCCUUCCUUAUCCACAAGCCGGGCAUCAAACGCUAUGUGAAGGACUCCAAGCGAGACAUGAUGGCCAUCAAGCAGUCAAGUUACGUCAAAAAAAUAAUUCACCCAGAACUGAAGAAACUUUACGGGACGAAACAUGGCUGCGCUCUGUGACGGCCAUAUACAAUGAGGAUCUUGAAAGUGAUCGAACCGAGUACUAAUAAAAGCUGACAGGGUUAAAUUUUCCGCCUGAUUUUGGAUAGGAUGAAUUUGUCUCCUAAUGAAACAUAUCACUACAAUUAAACUAAGAAUGCAAGCAACGUUUACCUGUGAAUAAUGUGUAUCGUAACAAGUAGCGUGGUCCUAUCCCUGGCGUCCCUAUUACAAAUGCAUACGAUGCAUUAUGUCACGAAUCAGAGGCCUUAAUCAGUCACGGUGGGGACACCCGUGUGUUAGAAUGUAUGUGUACAUGUCCGUAUUGUCUAAGUCAUUGUAUCAUGUAUAUUUUGCUAAUGUUCCCGAAUGGUCCGAUGCGGACACACGAACUCACUAUUCGAAAUACCAAAUAUAUUGUUGUGACUAACAUGAAACGGAAUGGAAUCUAGCCUUUGUACUCGCUGCAUAUAAGGCUCAAUAUAGUUAUAUAAACGCUUUAGUUAUAUCUUAUUAGUUUUAUAAAAAAGUAAAUAUUUUGCUUGUCAGUUAUCAACAGUGCUGAUCGAGGACUCUAAGUACUGUGUAAGAGGGUACUUGACUCGUGAUAUUGAAGUGCUUUUUUACAGACAGUUGUUAUAAUUUUGUGUAGAUUCUUGAUGUGCUUAUUAGUUUAAUUUCCUGUUUAGCUUCAUUCGUUUUGUCAAAAAAAAUAGAUGUAGCGUCCUCCGGUUUAUGACUGAGGUGUAAUUUACUAUUUAGUAAUAAAGUAUUUUUUGUAUUAGUCAUAAUGAAACUCGACUUGAAAUUCCAAUUUAAGUUCUAUUUCCUUUACUAUUAAGUUCAAACUUGUAAAAACAUUUCCCUAAUGUUUUAAUGUGAUGCACAACUAUAAUGAUGUUUAUGUACGUUUAUUUAUUUUUUACAGAUUCUGAAAUGCAUUUUUAUUCUGUACUUCAGUGUUAGUUGUAAAGACUAGGAAUAAAGAAUUAUUUUUAGGAUUUUUAUUGAUCUAUUUGUACAUACUGUGUUAAAAACAAUAAGAGGAAAUUCUCUGUGGAUUAUUUUUUGUUUUUAUGUCAAGCUUGACCGGGACUUGAAUCCUCGAACUCAGUGUUGCCAGUUAUAAUAUUUCGUCAUUUAAAAGUAAUUUAAGAGUCUACAGAGGAUUUCUCUUAUUGAGAGUGCUUCAACGAUUUUAAAUCUACUGUUUAUGUAUCACUAGAUGAUGAGUUAUUGUAGAAAAAGUAGCCGUAGAAGAAUAUUUUAUUUUUAUAUGCAGUUAAUUUUACCGACCCUGAGUUAUAUGAUAUUUUUUUCUGUAAUAUUCACUGACUGUUUAUCGCUUUAAAAUCAUGAUAGUCCUAGAAUGAUAUAACAAUCAGUCUUUGCAACCCGUCCAAUAAGUAAUUCUAAAUAAAUCCAUGUUGAACUACAAAAUUCAAUAUUAUGUAAAAAGCGCACAACAACUAAAUAAGAAUAUUUUUGGUCUAAGAUUUAUAAAAAAAAAUAUUACAUUAGUAUCAUAGAUUGUUCAAACGCUGUCAAACAACAAAACCAUUUAGUAAAUAUUACAGAAAUUAAAAAUAUUUGCUGUCAAAGUAAGUAACUAUAUUUUUUACAUAAAAAAACAUCGAUGAUUAUUCUGAACUCUUGCUAUAAAUAAUGUCGCGUUUUAUUUAUAAAAUAAUGCUUGAUUCGAGUAUGCCUAGUUUUACUGUCUGAGCCUAAGUAGAGUACGAAGACAGGUGUGUCGGCCUUAUUGUGGUAUCUAGUAAUAUAUGUUAGGCUUAUCAUAAAGGACAAGUGCUAAACUCACCACGUUCGACGUAUAUUUAAGUAGUUUAAUUUAAUUUUUAUUUUCUUAGAUGUGUUGUACAGAAAAUUAAAGGAAGACAUUGACUUAUAUAGAUAUAAUUAUAUAAAUGAAUUAUUUUUCAAAUACUGAGAACAAAAUGGAUAAAAAUGUGUUAGAAUCACAAACAUUAUUCAAUUAGCUUUCCAAGCAAGAAAAAAAGUGUGCUUCUAAAUCAAUAGAUGGCGUUGUUAAGGCGCACUUACUUUCAGAUCUGUGAUUGAUUAGAUGCACGAAAUAUUUGGCAAGCAAGAAUUGGGAGAAACUAGAUAUGUUUUUUUUAAGGUCUGGUGAAUUAUUUACCACCUAAGCUCAGGCUGACUGCUCAGAGCUGGUAAAUACAUUGCAGCGUUUAUUGAAGUAGGAGAUUCUUUAGCAUUGGUAACUUAGUAUUAAUGCAUUAGUUUUAUGAAUGGGUUUCGGUAAUGGUAAACGCAUGUGGUGAGUUUUCACUAUAAGGCUACAAGUGCCUCUUAGGUUUAAGUGCAAUAUAUAAAGUCUUUUAAAUGUGAUCAUUUAUAAAAUAUUUAUCUAUCUAAGUAAUACAUUUUGUAAUGUUUUCGUAAGAAUCUACAAUUGUGUAAUCGGAUCGACAAUCGAAGUAAAAGAAUUCUUAAACA